AUGACCAUCCGAUCGCGCUUUUGCGAACCGAUUCCCGCCUCUUCUCUUCCAACAUGGGUAUUCGGCUCAGCGUCCGGCCCGAUAUCGAACCCCCAUAAGCCGGUCUUCAUCGAUGCCGACCGACCAAAAUCCCAUUCGCUGUCCACCGCAGAGUUCAGGCUGCUUUCCAAAAAAAUCGCGUUGGGACUUAUCAGCGAUGGCCUUGUCUCAGAAGACAGGGUACUGGUAUUUUCAGGGAACAACAUCAUCUACCCGAGCCUGUUUCUCGGCGUGCUGAUGGCCGGCGGCAUCUACACCGGAGCCAGCCCACAUUUCACAGCUCGCGAGCUCUUGCAUCAGCUCCAGGAUUCCGCCGCCAAGUAUAUCUUCGUCGCCCCAGAGAGGCUUCCUAUUGCGAUAGAAGCUGCUUCGACCAUUCCGGGGUUCCCCUUGAGUCAAAUCUUCAUCUUCGGCGCUGACGACUACAGCGCCGUUCCGCAGUUCGCAUCUUUGGGAGAUGCGCACGGCAAUGGUCCCAGACAUUGGACUGAACUUACGUUCGGCAACGAAAUAGAGGCCAGAACUUGGGAUUGGGUUGAGCCGAAAGACCCUUCAUCGACGACAUGCUGUCUGAACUACAGCAGUGGAACUACUGGAGUACCAAAGGGCGUCGAGGUGACGCACAAAUCUUACAUCGCGAACUGCGUCCAAGUCAUACACCUCAUGGACAGAGCUCCCAGCGCUAAGGAGUUCCGGAAGCGCGAGAGAGUGUUAUGCUUCCUCCCGCUUUACCACGCCUUUGCGCAGACGUACUUCGGCGCCAUAUUCCCGCGCCUUCGAGUUCCGGUCUACAUCAUGCCAGCGUACCAGUUCGAUAAGAUGCUUCAGCACAUCGAAGCUUUCCGCAUCACAACUCUAGUCGCUGUCCCGCCAGUUCUCGUCAGCAUGGCCAAGAAUCCAGCCACCAAGAAGCACGACCUUACUUGUCUGGAGAAAAUCAGUUGCGGCGCGGCUCCUUUAUCGGGUGAUGUCAUCGAAGAAGUCGAGAAGCUAUGCUCGCCUAGGGCUUCAGUGACGCAAGGCUGGGGGAUGACAGAGAUGACGUGUUACAUCACAGACUGGGAUGCCAACAUCAAAGCAAACAGCGCGGCCGUCGGGGAGCUCAUGCCCAACUGCUCUGCGCGGUUGAUGCAACUCGACGGCAAAACACCGAUCACGAAGCCGUAUGAACGCGGCGAACUCUGGGUCACGGGACCGACGGUCAUGAAGGGUUACUGGAGAAACCAAAAGGCGACGCAUGAGACGGUACACGUGGAUGCUGAUGGGACUAGGUGGAUGAAGACGGGCGAUGUUGGCUUUGUCGACCGAUACGAGCCAGGGGCGAUCUUCCACAUUGUUGAUCGAAUUAAGGAGUUGAUCAAGGUUAAGGGUAUCCAGGUCGCGCCAGCCGAGCUGGAGGCUAUCCUGUUGGAGAAUGUGAAUGUUGCGGAUGCUGCGGUUGUCGGAGUUACGAUCAACGGACAGGAGCUGCCUCGCGCUUACAUCGUGAAAUCUGCCGGCUCCGUUGUUACCGAGAAAGAGAUUGCCGAAUGGAUGGAAGGUAAAUUUGCGAGGCAUAAGCAUCUUACAGGCGGUGUUUCUUUCGUCGAGGCAAUACCUAAAAAUCCCUCUGGAAAGAUCCUGCGCAGGGCCCUGAGGGAAAAUGCUCAAAGAGAAGUCGGCGAUAGGAAACCUUUCCAGUCGAAGAUUGCUUGA